AUGUCCGUUGACGAUCACAAGAUUGCCACACAACACGUCGAAGACUUCGACAAAGUUCAGGAUCUUCAGCAUGAUCUCGAAGACCUCCCUGAGUCUCUUCGCGAGCUCGGUCAACAAGAGCUAUCGAAACUCGGAAAAUGGACGACUUUAAAGCUGGACAUCAUGAUCAUGCCAGCACUCACCAUUCUCUACAUUCUAAAUUACCUUGACCGGCAGAACAUUGCUGCGAGUAAGCUGGCGAAUAUCAUGAAAGAUCUGGACAUGUCUGUUCAGCAAUACAAUACAUGUGUGAGCAUAUUGUUUGUGGGUUAUAUUCUUAUGCAGAUACCCUCCAACCUCGUCCUCAGCAAGAUCAGAUGGCCGGCUGUAUGGAUCUGCAGCGCGGUCGUUGGCUGGGGCGCAGUCUCUGCUUGCACCGCAGCAGUAUCCUCCUUCGGCGGCCUCGUAGCGGCAAGGUUCUGCCUGGGUUUUGUCGAAGCAGUGUUCUUUCCAGGCGCAUUCUUCUACCUCUCUAUGUUUUACAACAGGAAGCAGAUUGCCCUUCGUACUGCAAUUCUCUAUUCUGGAUCACAGCUCGGCAAUGCUUUUGGUACACUACUGGCAAUCGGCAUUCUGAAACUCGACGGUCACCACGGUCUGGAAGGUUGGAGAUGGCUCUUCUUGAUUGAAGGUGUACUGACCAUAGGUAUUGCACUCGUUUUUGUGACAUACCUUCCCAAUUCCAACAAGAAAAUCUGGACAUUUACACAACAGCAGCUGGAUUGGUUGAAGUGGAACUACGAAAGAGAUCAGAAACAGCAAGACGAAUCCGACGAGGUCACAGCAAUGCAAGGCUUCCUGCUAGCAGUCAGAGAUCCAAAGACCUGGCUUAUGUGCAGCACUCUCUAUGCCACAUAUACUGCGGCUGCGGUGAACAACUUCUUCCCUACGGUUGUCGGAGGUCUGGGAUUUGGCAGAAAUCUUACCUAUGUAUUGACUGCGCCGCCUUUCAUUCUCUGUGUCAUCGCGAUGCUAUGCAAUGGUUUCCACAGCGAUAAGAUGGGAGAACGUUAUCUGCACAUCGCUCUUCCCUUGAUUAUUACAGUGAUUGCAAACAUAAUCGCCGUUAGCACACUCAACAUUGGUGCUCGCUACUUCGCCAUGUGUUUGCUGCCAUUGAGCUUCUACAGCUCCGCUAUCUGCCAACUCUCCUGGAUCUCAGGCUCGCUCUCACAGCCAGCAGUCAAACGAGCAGCUUCGAUCGCCAUUAUCAAUGCUAUCUGCAACACUCCGAACAUCUGGACAAGUUACCUAUACUACAACUCUCCUCGAUAUGUGGCUGCAUUUUCGGUAAACUUGGGUGCUGCGGUGAUAGCAUUUGCGAGUGCUACUGCUACUUACUUCUAUCUGAGGAGGCAGAAUCAGUUAAUGGAUCAGGGCAAGCCAUUAGGCAGAUCCGGACCUACACCAGUGCAACAGGCGAAUGGCUUUAGAUAUAUGUUGUAA